GGUGCGUGGAAGGAUUUUUCUGCAGACGAGAGGGAAUCGGGACUAAUAAAGGGGAACUUGCGACCCUGCGUCUCGAGCUGGCCGUCCCUGGCCUUGGGCUCACCGGGGCCUCGGCCCCCAAGACCUGACAGCUGGAGUCCGGGACCACAGCUGGGAGAACUACAACUCCCAGGAUGCCGCGCACCGCCUGCGCCCGAGCUCGACGAGGCCUCGGACAGCCAAUGGGAGGGUCCGGGGGCGGGAACUCGGCGUACGUGCGUUGUGACGCGCCGACGGCGACGUCGGGGUUUGUGUGCGCGAGAGGCCGCCGAUAAAGGUUGGGUGCCUCGCGCCGGGGGCCGUUGGGAGGGAGUGCGCCCCUGCCCCCCCUCCCCGGCCCCCACAGCUGCACCGCCGCUGCCGGGGCCCCACCUUCCCGUCGACCCCCGCGGGAAGGUCCUGGGGCUGCCACCCUUGUUCCCCCGAUUGGGGCCGCAGAGGCAUGAUCAAGGACAGGGUUGCCUGCCAAGAACAGGAGGGGAGAGCAGGGGCUGGAGGUUUCAGGAGAAAGAAGCAUGUCAGGUGUGAUGGUCGGCUCCCACGCGGACAUGGCGCCGGCCUCUACUGCGGAGGGGGCCGGGGAGAAGCCAGGCCCUGCGGCCCCUGCCCCGGUGGCCCAGUACGAAUGUGGGGAGUGUGGCAAGUCAUUCCGGUGGUCGUCCCGGCUCCUGCACCACCAGCGCACGCACACAGGCGAGCGGCCCUACAAGUGCCCAGACUGCCCCAAGGCCUUCAAGGGCUCCUCGGCCCUGCUCUACCACCAGCGAGGCCACACGGGCGAGCGACCCUACCAGUGCCCCGACUGCCCCAAGGCCUUCAAGCGCUCCUCCCUGCUGCAGAUCCACCGUAGCGUGCACACCGGCCUACGGGCCUUCAUCUGCGGCCAGUGCGGCCUGGCCUUCAAGUGGUCCUCCCACUACCAGUACCACCUACGGCAGCACACAGGCGAGCGCCCCUACCCGUGCCCGGACUGCCCCAAGGCCUUCAAGAACUCGUCCAGCCUGCGGCGCCACCGCCACGUGCACACCGGGGAGCGGCCCUACACCUGUGGCGUCUGCGGGAAGAGCUUCACGCAGAGCACCAACCUGCGGCAGCACCAGCGCGUGCACACGGGCGAGCGGCCCUUCCGCUGCCCGCUCUGCCCCAAGACCUUCACCCACUCCUCCAACCUGCUGCUGCACCAGCGCACGCACGGCGCCACCACAGCCCCCGCCCCGGGUGCCGCCCCCGCGGCCCCGCCCCCCCAGCCCCGGGAGCCCGGCGGGAGCAAGGUCUUCGUGUGCGACGCCUACCUGCAGCGGCACCUCCAGCCCCACAGCCCGCCCGCGCCCCCCGCCCCGCCGCCCCCGCCCCCGCCCGUGGUGCCUGAGCUCUUUUUGGCGGCGGCGGAGACCACGGUGGAGCUGGUGUACCGCUGCGAUGGCUGCGAGCAGGGAUUCAGCAGCGAGGAGGUGCUCCUGGAGCACCAGCCGUGCCCCGGGCCCGAGGCGGCGCCCCAGCCCCAGGAAGCACCCGCCGAGGCGCCCAAGGCCAACCAGCCACCGUCCCCUCUGUCGCAGCCCCCUCCUCCCGCCGCCGCCCCCGCUCCUGGCUUUGCCUGUCUGCCCUGCGGCAAGUCCUUCCGGACGGUGGCUGGGCUCUCCCGCCACCAGCACAGCCACGGGGCUGCCGGUGGGCAAGCGUUCCGCUGCGGCAGCUGCGACGGCUCCUUCCCGCAGCUGGCCAGCCUCCUGGCGCAUCAGCAGUGCCACGUGGAAGAGGCGGCGGCGGGCCGCCCGCCCCCGCAGGCUGAGGCUGCCGAGGUGACCUGUCCCCAGGAACCGCUGGCGCCUGCUGCCCCCGCCCCGCCGCCACCCCCGUCCGCCCCCGUUUCUGCGGAGCGGCCCUACAAAUGUGCCGAGUGCGGCAAGGCCUUCAAGGGCUCCUCCGGGCUGCGCUACCACCUGCGGGACCACACGGGCGAGCGGCCCUACCAGUGCGGCGAGUGCGGCAAGGCCUUCAAGCGCUCCUCCCUGCUGGCCAUCCACCAGCGCGUGCACACGGGCCUGCGGGCCUUUACCUGUGGCCAGUGCGGCCUUACCUUCAAAUGGUCGUCCCACUACCAGUACCACCUGCGGCUGCACUCUGGCGAGCGGCCCUACGCCUGCGGGGAGUGUGGCAAGGCCUUCCGCAACACGUCGUGCCUGCGUCGCCACCGCCACGUGCACACUGGCGAGAGGCCCCACGCCUGCGGUGUCUGCGGCAAGAGCUUCGCGCAGACCUCCAACCUGCGGCAGCACCAGCGCGUGCACACGGGCGAGCGGCCCUUCCGCUGCCCGCUCUGCCCCAAGACCUUCACCCACUCCUCCAACCUGCUACUGCACCAGCGCACGCACUCGGCCGAGCGCCCCUUCACCUGUCCCAUCUGCGGUCGCGGCUUCGUUAUGGCCGCCUACCUGCAGCGGCACAUGAGGACGCACGCCCCGGCCAACACAGCUCCCAGCACCACAGCCCCCGCCGCCGGCCCCCAGCCCCCUGCUCCACUGGCUGCCGCCCGGGCCCCACCAGCCACCCAAGAUGUCCACGUCCUGCCCCACCUCCAGGCCACACUCUCCCUCGAGGUGGCGGGGGGCACGGCCCAGGCCCCGAGCUUGGGGCCAGCAGCGCCCAACUCUCAGACGUUCCUCCUGGUGCAGACUGCGCAGGGCCUCCAGCUGAUCCCCAGCAGCGUGCAGCCCACUACACCUCCGCCCCCUCCCGCACCUCCCAAGCUCAUCCUGCUGCCCUCCUCCAGUGCUGGGGCUGGGGGCGGCCGUGCAAGGCAGGGCCCGCGGGCAGUGGGGAAAGCGGGCCAGGGGGCGGGAGUGGUCUGGCUACCAGGCCCUGGGGGUCUAGGGGUGCAGGGAGCGGCCAGCGCUGGGGUCAGCGGGGCAGGGCAGAGCCUCAUCGUUCUGCAGAAUGUGGGGAGCGGGGAGGCAGGGCCACAUGGGGUGCAGCUCCAGCCCCUCCGGCCAGCCCCGGAAGUAACCACGGUCCAGCUCCAGCCAGCACAGGAAGUAACCACGGUCCAGCUCCAGCCAGCACAGGAAGUAACCACGGUCCAGCUCCAGCCAGCACAGGAGGUGACCACGGUCCAGCUCCAGCCAGCACAGGAGGUGACCACGGUCCAGCUCCAGCCAGCACAGGAGGUGACCACGGUCCAGCUCCAGCCCAUGGCCGGCCAGCUCUCCAAUUCCAGUGGGGGACCUGUGGCUACCGAGGCACCCAACCUGCUGGUUGUUCAGAGUGGGGCAGCUGAGGAGUUGCUCACUGGCCCGGGCCCCGGGGAGGCGGGGGAUGGCGAGGCCAGCACUGGUGUGGUCCAGGAUGUCCUCUUCGAGACACUCCAGACGGACGAGGGCUUGCAGAGCGUGCUGGUGCUGAGCGGGGCGGAUGGCGAGCAGACUCGGCUUUGCGUACAGGAGGUAGAAACACUUCCUCCUGGGCUGACCGAGCCACCUGCCACCGGCCCACCCGGACAGAAACUCCUCAUCAUCCGCAGCGCCCCAGCCACUGAGCUGCUGGACAGCAGCAACACUGGAGGAGGCGCCGCCACGCUGCAGCUCUUGGCCCCACCGCCGUCAGGCGCAGCCUCGGGCCCCGCGGGGCUCCCCGGGGCUCCAGCCUCCCAGAUGGUACAAGUGGUCCCCGCAGGAGCUGGGCCUGGUGUUAUGACCCCGCAGGGCCUGCCCUCCAUCCAGAUUGUCCAGACUCUACCCGCAGUCCAGCUGGUGCACACGUUUUGAGGAGAGCCAGUGAUUCCCCUCCCGCCCCACGCAGAGACCCCGCCUCACUGCCAGCCGGGGCGGGGCAGGGUGCCGCAGGCUGGGCUUGCUAAUAAAGACCCGAGUCUCCCCGCC